AUGUCUCAGUCUACAGGUGCAACUCCACGUCGGAGCAUCCCCUUUCUUCCCCCGGAGCUCAGCCUUCGAAUCAUACAAGAGUCUGAAGAGACGCCUGUCUGCCUAGUGAACCAUCUUUCCAGAGGCAUGCUGCAAUGUGACGGCGGCUUACAAGACCAUACGACGGUCAUCUACACCCGUGGCGAGAAACAGACAGACGGGGCAUUGUCUCGUGGAAGGCUAGAGGCUCUUCCGAUGCAGCAUCGUUGCGUCGCGGGACUUAUCCGGCCUGCAGACACACCCGCCCUCCCGUUUGAUCCUUCGGAUGACUAUUCCCUUGAGCUUGAAAUCAGCCACCUCACGAAACGUACGGUCGUAGCUGAGCUUGGUCUCGAUGAAGACAUAGCCAACCCAGUUCUGAACCUGGAUAAACACGCACUCCCUCCUUACUAUGAUCCCCACAAGUUUAUCAACAUUCGAUAUGUCGGAUAUGAUUUACUCAACAGACAUUUCAUCGCGACAGUUCCCAUUGAGAUUGGUGGCGACGACGAUAUUCGACCUCUCACCGGUAUCACGAGAAAUCAAAGCGCAUUGACUCACCGUCUGCGGCCAGACGAUGAAAAGCUGGCCUGCGAGAAAAUGAAGCAUCUGAUGAUUAGAGAAAGCAAUCUCUCCGAAGGCCAUGUCUUGGAUACUCUUACUCAGCUCGCAGACAAUCUAGUCACUGUGCAAGAUGUCAAUAGAUGGAGCGCGCAUCUGAUUAUCUAUCGAGACGUGCUUCGAAGCUCUCCGUUGCAUCCCAGAUGGGAACUACUGACAAAUCUCGAAACACUCUGUAUUGAUAUGACUCAACAGAUGAUGCACCACAAGUCACCUCUAAUGGGAGUUCAGAUCAACAAGAUGGCGCGUCAUCUCAAUCUCAAGACACUGAUACUCCUGGGUACCCCAUGUCGAGCCAGGUUUGAUUACAUGACUCCAAAUGGAGAAGCAGGGGAGGAAGCUUGGGUUACCUAUCUCGAGAACAAUCUUGAUCUCGGAUAUGACGCCACACAUGGCAGAGCGAUCAACUAUCUAUUCCUCUUCAAGAACCUUGUGCGACCUGGUGGCCAGAUCCAUUUCAUUGCAGAUCGAGCACCAGGCACCGCGUACUGGCCGGGCCCAAACGCUGGAGUUGGGAUUAUGGCUGAAGGCUUACAGUGA